AUGCCUGUCAAGUACGAAAUUGCCGAAGUCAUUCGCCAAAAGAAAUCGCGAUACUGCCGAGCCAUCGAUACCAAGCAGUGGGAUCAACUUGUCCAGCUUGCGUACGCGGAUGCCGACCUCACAUUCUACGACCCCGGCGGCUCUGUCUCCACGAGCGGACGGACGAGGCUGUCAUUCGCCUCGCCUCGAGACUUCACCCGGUUUCUGAGCCAGGCGUUUGCCAACGCGCACACGCUCCAUCAGGUGGGAGAGGGCGAUUUGGAACAGGUUGCGCCCAACGAGGUGGAGGCGAUCUGGGGCAUGGAGGACCAGAUCGUCGUCGAUAUCGCGGGGCUCACGUUCAGCAUCCGAGGCGGAGGAUACUACCACGAAACCUGGAGGGAAAGGGAUGGAGACUGGUUCCUCAAGUCCUUGAAGCUGCGGAGAACGUACUGGCACCCUAGCUUCGGGGCGAAGGUGCUCCUCACUCUGCAGAGACUCCUUGGAUGACAUGCUUCUCCGAUUACGCGGUACCUGCGCCUGGCAUCUUCACUUCGCUCUGUCGUCGAGAAUGGCAAUCCGUUUGCGGGCUGAUUUCCCCGACCCGGUCCUGGUCCACGAGGCGAGAAACCCAAGAGAAACCGAGCAAGCCGGAGCGUGAUUCAGGCGUCGGCGGUCGCUAUUCAGCCUCACCACCUUCAGCUCAGGCUGCAAUACCGCAGCUGUGGGUUCUUCGGGAGAUGUUGUUGCGGCGUUCAUGCCAAGCUUACAUACCGGCUCAAGAAGGUCUGUCUCGCGCAGAGCCGGCCGCAGCCACAAGGACGCACAGAGCGCUGGAGAAUCUACUGCAAACAGAACACGUCACUGCCGUCAACCGUUGCAGUCACGUGGCUUGUCCUACCUUAGGAUGCCCCUGGGGGGGGUUUCAAUCUC